UGAAAACACAGAUGGGGUCAACAAUUAGUGGAAAUUCAAAAAAGGUGGGAGGGCAUUGAGACCUUGGUGCGGUAUAAAUACUGGCGAGUCCUGGCGACCUCUGAUCUCUAACCAUCAUGAGACUCCUCACUCUUCUGCUGCUUGUUGGAGCUGCUGUGGCAGUUCCCCGUCAUGAUGGCAGGAUCAUCGGCGGGGAGGAGUGUGAGCCUCACUCUCGUCCUUACAUGGCCUCUCUCAACUACGGCUACCAUUUCUGCGGAGGAGUGCUAAUCAACGAGCAGUGGGUGCUCUCUGUCGCCCACUGUUGGUACAACCCUUAUGCCAUGCAGAUCAUCCUGGGAGAACAUGAUGUUCGUGUGUUUGAGGGUACAGAGCAGCUCAUGAAGACUGACACCAUCGUCUGGCACCCCAGCUACGACUAUCAGACUCUCGAUUACGACAUCAUGCUGAUCAAGCUCUUCCAUCCUGUGGAGGUGACUGAGGCAGUCGCACCCAUCCCUCUGCCCACAGGCUGCCCGGUGGGGGGGCUGCCCUGCUCAGUGUCUGGAUGGGGGAACACAGCCAUGGAUGGUGAAGGAGUGAACAUGCCAACCCGCCUGCAGUGCUUGGACGUGCCCAUAGUAGACGACAAGGACUGUGAGAGCGCCUAUCCAGACAUGAUCACACGCAGGAUGGUGUGCGCUGGUUACAUGGAUGGCGGCAGAGAUGCGUGCAAUGGGGACUCGGGCAGCCCUCUGGUGUGUGUCGGCGAGGUGCACGGUCUGGUGUCGUGGGGCCGGGGAUGUGCUCAACCCAACUUCCCCGGCGUCUACGUCAAGGUGUGUGAGUUCCUCUACUGGAUUGAAGACACUCUGAAGGACAAUCCCUGAAGAAACCUUUUCUCGUCCUCAACCCAGUCCUCUCUAACUAUUCGCUAAACUUUUAUCUUACAAGAGAGCAGGCAACAAUCUCUUUGUCACAAUUGAAAUAUUUUUAUCAUAACACACAGUCUCAGUAAAUAAGAUAAUUGGUUACUUAAUCAUUUUCAUUCAUUAGUGUGUAUGAGUUUGAGGAAAAAUGGAGAAUGCUUCACCAGCAGGAGCACUUGUUGCUAUUAAAACUGAUUAAUAAACUAAAAGAGUCCUUUAAUUACAUGUAUAUUAAUAAAAAUGGGAAUUGGA